AUGAGUGACGAAAGAGAACGGGCCGGUCGGCUCGGCGUGCGGACCUUGACCAGGAAGACGGUUCGUUUGGUACGGAAACUGACGGGCAGGACGGAUCCUGGCAAGAAGGGUCGUGGUUCGGUUGACACUGAGGUUUGGAGGGCCAGAGAGCAGCCGAGGCUCCUCGCUGGGAGUGACUCUUGGUUCACGCUGGCUUCGCCUACCGUCUGCGACGCUUCUUUCGGGGACUUCUGGAUCGACGGCAAACGAAGCCACGAUAUACGAGCGCCUGAACAUGGUCAGAUUCAAAGCGGACUGUUUGGAAAGCUUCCUAGAGAGAUACGGGAGAUGGUCUACCAGGAGCUCUGGCGCGAUGCCGGGAUGAGCCAGCACAUUAUACGCACCGAGGCCGGGUAUGCUCACACCCGCUGCUUGCUCCACCGGCCCGGAGAUCCGGAAGAGAAGCACGAGGGUGGUGAGCCCUGGGAGUCGAUGUGGAUGGUACCGGAUGCCCGGGGAACGGUCCCUCUGUGGUACAAGCGGGAGAUGUCGACAUGGUGCGAUCACUGGAAGUGCGAGGAGGCCAGAGAAGAGAACGAGAUAUGGAAAGAUAUCGCGAAGGGGUGUCGUUGCGUCAAGGUCGACACCUGGACACCUUUCCUGCCGAUGAUGUUGACGUGCAAGCGGAUGUAUCACGAAUGCGCAAGCUCAAUCUACAAAUCCCUCACAUUCACAAUAACCGACAUCGCCCUCGCCACAGACAUCAUCAGAGCUCGAAACCUCUUUGGCACACGGCACCGAAGCCCCGCCCAUCCCUUCCGCCGCAUCAACCUCUCCUUCCGGCGGCACAUCUACGAAGGCAGGACCUUUGAGCAAUGGGUCGAAUCCUGGAGCAAGAUCCUCCGCCUACUCGACACGCCAGAUCUGAAGUCGGUACACCUCUGGCUAGACAGCGACGUCUUCUACGAGCGGCAGUGGCUCUCCGUGACGUCCAACGUCCUCCGCCGGAUCCCGGAGGCGCUGACCCACAAAGCCGCCGUCAGCCUCCCGCCGGACGGGCACCGGGACCGGGUGGUGGGGGCCGCGUGGCUGAGCGACCUGGAGCAGAUACCGCUGGCUCCCUCGCGGGGCACCACACUCGCGGAGGAGGCGGAGGAGGAGGCGAAGUGUUUCGGGGUGAGACGGCUGCGGACGUGA